UUGAUGACUGCAGAAUGAGGUGUUUUUAAUGAUGUGGCCAUUUUCACAUUCACGAGUGUAGCACAGACGAAUGUCCAAUUAGUCGUUUGUUCUCCGAGCCUUUGUAUUUAAUUUGAUGCUGUGACUGUUGAUGCCCAGGGUGUUUUUUGGUUGAGUGAUCCUAACCAAUCUCCUGUGCUUCAUGGUUGGUGUAGGUGACAGCUGUACAGAGAUCACCCUUCAUUUAGACUACUGGAACUCCGAGGUUGGGACUCUGGGCUGGUGUGGCAUGCCUGCUUUGAUGGUCAUAGUGAUGUUUGUGUGUGCAGCAUAUGCUUGAGGUGGAUGUUCAUUUUGUGUGCUCUAUGAUUAGUGUAGAGCAGGAGGAUGAGCUCAACUCUGACAACGGAGAGUGUGGAGUAUCGGCCCGAUGAGUCGGAUGCUGGACUUCGGUAUAGGAUGGACAAGGCUGGAGGAGGAGAAAAGAAGGAACACCUGUACAAGAUCCUGGUGAUCGGAGAGCUGGGCACUGGCAAGACCAGCAUCAUCAAACGAUAUGUUCAUCAGUUCUUCUCACAACACUACAGAGCUACAAUUGGUGUAGACUUUGCAUUGAAAGUGUUGAACUGGGAUGCAGAUACGCUGAUCCGGCUGCAGUUAUGGGAUAUUGCAGGCCAGGAGCGGUUCGGCAACAUGACCAGGGUGUAUUACAAGGAAGCAGUUGGAGCCUUUGUAGUGUUCGAUGUGACGCGGACGUCCACAUUCGAGGCAGUCACCAAGUGGAAGAAUGACCUUGACAGUAAAGUCCAGCUGCCAGAUGGAUCUCCAGUACCUUGUGUGUUGCUAGCUAACAAAUGUGACCAGGCAAAGGAGGGGCUAGUCAACAACGCGUCUCAGAUGGAUGACUUCUGUACAGAAAAGGGUUUUAUCGGCUGGUAUGAAACGUCAGCGAAAGAAAAUAUCAACAUUGAUGAGGCAGCUAGGUUUUUAGUAACUAAAAUUUUGAAGAAAGAUCAAGAAAUGAGGUUAGGAGAUGAUGACAAAGAUCGAGAGAAGAUCUCUCUCGAUGGACCUAAUUCACAAGGCAAGUCUGAGAAGAAAGCAACAUGCUGCUGACAGAGACCGGAAGUCAUGUGACACGGACCACAAGCCACCCACCAUGAGCUGUUGUCAUCUUGGUGCUCUGUGAAAUGCCAUUCCUCGUACAACUUAUCAUGACACUUCAUUCUGUCAUCCCACCAGAUGAAUUGAUAUCUUGAUAAGGUUUUAUCCCAUCCCUUGUAAGGGUGGACUCCUGUGUUAUACCUGACAGUGUUUGUGGCGGUCAUCUCAUGCCACAUUCUGUCAUCUGUGGGAAUCUAUCUUAUGUCUUCAUAAGUAUGCACUGUGAUGAUGUUCCCGGUAGAGUUAUCUACCUUUGGUAUAUUUGAACAUUUGAAUCACUGUCAUGCUACUCAUGCUUUUAUCAGACUUAAACAUGGAUGCUUGAUGUAAAACAUGUUAAAAACAAAUAUGCAACUCAAUUCUUGAUAGUGAUAACAAGUUAUGUCAUUCUAUUUAAAUAUACACUUGAGAUGUGAUAAGAAUCUGAUUUGGGAAUCAUGGAAAGAUAUCUAUAGGCCUAUCAAACGUGGAGUGCAUAGGAUGUUAUAAGACAAUAUGGCAUAUACCAUACAUGUUUCCUAAACUGUAGUUACAUAUUGAGGAGAGUAUCAAAUCAUAGUUAAUUCUAGUUCCGCAUUCUGUUGGAUUGACUUUGUUCCUGGCAUUAAGAACAUUGUUUGAUAACAGAAGACUGGGUUGACAUGGAUUUCGUCUCCAUUAUUCCUUCUUUCUUUUGUGUAGCAUUUCUGUACAGGAGCUAAUAUAUGUCCCGCAAGUUAUAUCUGUACAGAGAAUGCUGCAUUCAAAGACUAAGGAAGUUGAUAUCCGUUAGCAAGCCCAUCUUCAACGAUACCACAGCUUCUAAAUGCGGCUCACAGACCCUAGUUAUUGUUCUGUGUGAUUGUUCUGUGCCUAGAACCUAGAUUUCACAUGUGCAAGUAAAGUUGUAAGUGUCUGUGUUUGAGUAAUCAUCAGCUGUUGAAGCUCAGGAACCACUGACUAUGUUUAUACUGAGGUGGGUUUGAGUCAGUGGUAUUUUCCAGUUCGAAGUUUAAAGACGGUGAUGAGUAAACUGUCGUACAUUGUGCUCUUAGGAAUAGAUGUGCUCUUAGGAAUAGAACCGUGACUGCCUGCAUGAGAAACUAACACUUCCUGUCAGCCUAAUGCCAUUUCAGGGUGUGUCAUAAGACAACCAGAGAGGGAAUGUCUAACAAUUUUAGAGUUGCUACAGUUUUAGAUAUUUUCAAUCUCAUUAAAAUAAGAUCUUUGUUCUCACUACUGCUACACAAAGAUCUUAGGUCAUUCCUCUACAGGUUACAUCAGAAUGGUUCUUCACAAGCUUUGUCCACUUUACGACACUAAUUGUUUUACUCCCAUGUUAGAAGUUGUCAAUAAUGAAGUUUAAAAUUUUAUGGAUAUCAGCUUCUUGUUUAUUGCAUAGAGCAACAUUUUUUGUUAAUCUGUUAUCAAGGUAAUAUGACAGGGUAAGGAAUUCCACCAAGACAUUGCACUGUGCAAUAAACAAGACAGUGUUAUCCAUAAAAUCAUAACUGACAAACUACAACAUGGAUGAGAUGACAAGUAGAAGUCCCAUGAUUUUGACAGAAAUAGAUGCACAGACCACAAUGGUUGCUCAGAAUACCCUGUGUUAAUGGUUUGUGAUUGUAUAAUUGGGGAACACAUUCCCAGUCAAUUCCCAAUCAGGGGUGGUGGCGCCAGCCUAGUGGUUAAAGCCUUGGCUCGUCACUCUGAAGACCCGGGUUAGAUUCCCCAUAUGGGUACAAUGUGUGAAACCCAUUUCUGGUGUGCCCCGCCGUGAUAUUGCUGGAAUAUUGCUAAAAGCGGCGUGCACCUAAACUCACAUCCUCAAUUCCCAAUCCUUUUUCAUGCAAGGCUCUGAUUGGUCAGAUGAAAGAUUGUUCUGACAUAUCCUCUAAUGGGAAUGUCUCAGGUUUUUGGUUAGCAGCUGUGAGAACUAAUGCUCAUAUUUUGAUGAGAUCGAUAUUUUAAUAUUUGGUUUACAAUGCUUUUUCAAAUGUUCAUGCUUAUCAAAGAAAUGAAAUAUGAGUAGAACAAAACUUUUUUGGAUUCUUCAUGUAAUAUUCAUGAUAUCAUGGUUCAACAAUUAUUAAGUUGAGUGUUCACUUUUAAAUCAAUAUUCUCUUAUUGCGUUUAUGGUCCAUUAUGCAAUUACUGAUGAAAGGAGCAGUUUCUUCAGAAUGAUUGUCACUGUAACAAUGUUUUAUCAUUUUCAUAUCAGACUUUUAAUUUAACAAGUUAUUAGCCUAGUUUGACGAGCUGUCAAACAAGCAAUUUGAUUAUUGAUUAAUAUUUAUUUGAUAUUUGUUAGAUAUUUGUUAGAUAUUUGCUGUUUGUACAAGAGAUGAGUCCAACAGACAGAACUGCGCGUCUGCUCCACAUGACCAGGUUCUGUGUUAUGCAUGCUGUGUAAAUACUUUGUAUUUUGUCAAACCAGCCAACGAAUACCACGGCUAUUUUUAUAAUAUCUCAGUCAUACUAUGUUACCCUCAACAUUUUGCCACACUUACUGUAACCUUUGAAGAGUCUUUAUUGAAAUAUUUUAAGGAAUUCUCAAUUUUUAAGCUCAUAUUAACUAACUGUUUAUAAGGAAGACUCAGUCUGAUGUGUAAUUGCUAGCUAAGAGGGAUUGCUAGACUGAAAUUCAGUGCCAAUUUUGUAGUGCCACCAUGAUACUCUGAAUUAAGGUAUCCAAGGUCAGGCCAACAACAGGGUUUAUCACCUCAGGACCAAAUACUUCUUCCAAAUCUAAGUCCCUGGCUAAGAUAGGAAAAUAUGCAAACACAGAAAAGGUUUUACCGAAAGUACAGUUAAACACUAAUGGCUAACACCAACCAAACAUUCUGAAAUACAUUUGAGUGGACCCAUGUGUCUUCUAACUUCACAUUUCUAACAAAGCUAACACUCGCGUUCCAGGUGUUUUGAAACAUCCACGAGGUGUGAUCACUUAAAGUUUAUUUCUAAAUUUAAUCCACUGGGUUAGAACAGUAUCUUAUCUUCUUUUAAUCCCUAGGGCGAUGAUAUGGAGGGGCUAGGAUAUUGCAUUCCUUGUACUGUUUGCAGUCAUUCAUUGUUAGUGCAAUGAUGAAAAUGUCCACUUAAAAUCCUUUGAGCAACACUGAUACCAUUCUUGGUGUCCCUGCUAUGGGUGCAUGCUGCUAGUAAGAAGUCAAACAAUGCUCACACACAAAUGGGAUUGGAAUUUCAUUAUCAUGUGUGAUGGUUCAAAUCCACAUGCGAACCUUAAUGGAGAGUCACGAUGACGUUAUCAUGUAUGGAUGAAGGUGGACAUCAGUUUUAAACUGUGCCCACACUGUUCAUCCUUUAGACCCCGAGUUUACCCUGUGUUCUGUGGACUGUAUGAAGACAUUGGUUAUGGUUCCUGGAAGCAAGGAUCGGCAUUCAAUGUAUUGACAGGAUUGAGUUCCCAGGGGUUAGAAGAUUCUAAGAGUGUUUUAGUUUAGUUUUCUUUUUUCUGUGUUUUAACUGGCUGCAGUUCCAGAGCAUUUCACUACAAAAUGAUAGAAUCUACAAACAGCGAGACAUUUCUCUUAUUCCUGGAGAUAUUUUAAAUACAGUAUGCUACACUGAGAGAUUCCUGAGUAUCCUACACACAGUACUUUGAAGAGUAUUUUAGUGAAAUUGAUAGUUUUUUUACGCUGAUGUUGAAAACUAUGUAGCAUUUCUAGCUUAUAAGAGGAAUAUGUGAGCAUGAAGCUUUGAAAAUGUAACCUGCAGAAUGUCAUAUUAUUAUUAUUUUGUCUUGGAGCAGUUGAGCUGUGUCUUCCUGGUGUGAGUGGCUACAGGGGAACCAAGAAUAUAUUUUUAGCCUAAUUGUUCAUGUACAUAUAUUUGCUAUGACACUGUAAAUACACGAUUUUCAAUCCGAUAUUCAGCAAAAAUGAUUCUUGGUAUGUAGGCGGAGCUCUGUGAGUGAGUAAGCUGUUUAACCCGGAAAAUUAAACUGGGAAUGGUACUAUCCUUUAAAAAACACCUUUUCACUGUACACAUGUUGAUGGUGAUAUCUAAUGCUCAAAAGGCUCCUUUUUUCACUGGUAUGUUGAUUAUAAGGAUUUGUUGCUUGUGUGUCUACAAAUGUUCAGUUCAUUCUAACAAGGCAGCCAUUCACUACUCUCCUGAAAUGAAUUUCGUUUUUGACCUGACAGAAGGGAUGAAAAUCUAAUUAUUGUGUCCUUCAUAUAGUUAUUUAUAAAUAUGAUUGAUUUGAAAAUUGUAAGACAUAAUAGUAUGUAUAUGUUGAUUAUUCCUUGUUCAUGAUUAUUCUGUUUAUGCUUUGCAAUAACUCAGGUCUUUUGACACUAGUUUGGCUAGAUGGUCAGAGACAAGCAGCCAAUCAAAAAGCUUGUAACAAAACUACUGUGGUGUAAAGAAAUUGUAUUAUAUUAAAUGAUAGAUAGAGAGUAUAUGUAUUGUUUGAUAGUUUUUCUAAGUAUAUAUCAUCUAAUCAUACUUGAUAUAGUUACUGAAAUAAAUGAGCAUAGUUUUCAA